AAGAAAGGACCGCAUAAAACAAUACGGAAAAGAGAAGUUUCGGUGCUACCGUUCCGGCAAAAUUGUUCUCUUUGCUUUGCUUUUCUCGCAAGAAACCUCAUCGGCGAUCGAUCGAGAGCUCGGAGCAGCGACCUUGGAUCCCGAUGAUGGGAGGAGGGAGAGAUGAGGGGAGGAGAAGCAAUGGAGAGGUUUGGGAAGUGGGGUUCCCUGCUUGGGCGAGGAGUGUGCGGGAAUGUGAGGUGGAGUUUGGGGUUAGCGCCGCUCGUGGGCUGACCUCGGAUGAGGCGGCACGGCGGCGUGAGGUUUAUGGUUGGAAUGAACUUGAGAAGCAUUCUGGGCCAUCGAUCUGGCAAUUGGUUUUGGAGCAGUUCAAUGAUACGCUUGUGCGGAUCCUUCUCGUGGCUGCUGUGGUUUCUUUCGUUUUGGCUUGGUAUGAUGGGGAUGAGGGUGGUGAGAUGGGGAUUACUGCGUUUGUUGAACCCUUGGUGAUCUUUUUGAUACUGAUUCUGAACGCUAUCGUUGGGGUUUGGCAAGAGAAUAACGCUGAGAAGGCGUUGGAGGCGCUCAAAGAGAUACAAUCGGAGCAUGCGACGGUGAAGCGGGAUGGGGAGUUCAUUCCAAAUUUGCCUGCGAAGGAGCUUGUUCCGGGGGACAUUGUGGAACUUAGGGUUGGGGAUAAGGUGCCGGCUGAUAUGAGAGUUGUUCAAUUGAUAAGCUCGACCCUGAGGGUUGAACAGGGAUCUCUCACUGGAGAAAGCCAGGCGGUGAAUAAGACAAGCCGAAAAGUUGAUGCUGAAGAUACUGAUAUUCAAGGAAAGGAAUGUAUGGUCUUUGCUGGCACAACCAUUGUUAAUGGGACUUGUAUCUGCUUGGUUACGCAGACUGGUAUGAAAACUGAAAUUGGUAAGAUUCAUUCACAAAUUCAAGAGGCUUCUCUGAAUGAUGAUGAUACACCGUUGAAAAAGAAGUUGAACGAGUUUGGUGAGGUCCUUACAGCAAUAAUUGGUGUUAUUUGUGCUCUGGUUUGGCUCAUCAAUGUGAAGUAUUUCUUUACUUGGGAGAUUGUUGAUGGAUGGCCAAGGAAUUUCAAGUUUUCAUUUGAGAAGUGCACCUACUAUUUUGAGAUUGCUGUGGCUUUGGCUGUUGCUGCUAUCCCAGAGGGCUUGCCAGCUGUGAUCACCACCUGCUUGGCGCUUGGAACCAGGAAGAUGGCACAGAAGAAUGCGCUGGUGCGGAAAUUGCCCAGUGUCGAGACACUGGGAUGCACAACGGUUAUCUGUUCUGAUAAGACUGGUACAUUGACAACAAAUCAAAUGUCAGCUGUAAAGCUGGUGGCAAUGGGUAGGUGGACGGAUCAAAUUCGGAGUUUUAAAGUGGAUGGGACCACAUAUGAUCCUCAUGACGGGAAGAUACAUGAUUGGCCUAUUGGAAGCAUGGAUGCAAAUUUGCAAAUGAUUGCGAAGAUUGCUGCAGUUUGUAACGAUGCUAGUGUUGCACAUUCAGGGCAUAAUCAGUUUGUUGCAAGCGGAAUGCCUACCGAGGCAGCUUUGAUGGUUCUGGUUGAGAAAAUGGGAAUUCCUGGAGUCUCUGAUCCUUCAUCGGUGGCUUCUGCUGAGACAUUACGUUGCUGCCACUGGUGGAAUAAUAUUGCACAUAGGAUUGCAACCUUGGAAUUUGAUCGCACUCGAAAGUCAAUGGGAGUCAUUGUGAAAUCAAGAUCCGGAAGCAACUCCCUACUUGUGAAGGGAGCUGUUGAAAAUUUGUUGGAAAGAAGCGCCUAUGUGCAGUUACUUGAUGGCUCUAUUGUGUUAUUGGAAGACGGGACAAGGCAUCUUAUCUUAGAUGCCCUAAAAGAAAUGUCAACAAAUGCUUUGCGCUGUUUAGGUUUUGCAUUUAAGGAUAAUCUUUCAGAAUUUGCAACAUAUGAUGGUGAAGGUCAUCCAGCGCAUAGUCUUUUACUCGAUCCGUCUAAUUACUCAGCUAUUGAAAAUGAGCUCAUCUUUGUCGGCUUGGUUGGGCUGAGGGAUCCUCCACGGGAAGAAGUACAUAAGGCGAUUGAAGAUUGUAGAGCAGCUGGCAUACAGGUCAUGGUGAUUACAGGAGAUAACAAAUUAACAGCAGAAGCCAUUUGCCGUGAUAUAGGUGUUUUUGAACGUGAAGAGGAUAUUUGCUUGAAGAGUUUCACUGGAAGAGACUUUAUGUUGACGCCAGAUAAAAAGAAAAUAUUGAGACAAAACGGUGGACUUCUGUUCUCUAGGGCUGAGCCAAGACAUAAACAAGAGAUUGUAAGGUUGCUCAAAGAAGAUGGUGAAGUUGUUGCAAUGACUGGCGAUGGAGUUAAUGACGCUCCUGCCCUGAAAAUGGCUGAUAUUGGUAUUGCAAUGGGCAUUGCUGGAACUGAGGUUGCCAAGGAAGCAUCUGAUAUGGUGUUAGCAGAUGACAAUUUCAGUACUAUUGUUGCGGCAGUGGGUGAGGGAAGAUCAAUUUACAACAAUAUGAAGGCUUUUAUAAGAUACAUGAUAUCCUCGAAUAUUGGUGAAGUUGUGUCUAUUUUUCUCACAGCUGCAUUAGGUAUCCCUGAAGGGCUAAUACCUGUGCAACUUUUGUGGGUCAACCUUGUCACAGAUGGUCCUCCUGCUACAGCCUUGGGAUUUAACCCACCAGAUGGAGAUGUUAUGAAGAAACCUCCGAGAAGAAGUGAUGAUCCAUUGAUUAGUGCAUGGAUCUUAUUCCGGUACCUGGUCAUUGGGUUCUAUGUUGGACUAGCCACUGUUGGUGUCUUCAUCAUAUGGUACACCCAUGGCUCCUUCCUGGGGAUCGACUUGAGUGGUGAUGGCCACACUCUUAUUUCCUACUCUCAGCUCUCCAACUGGGGCCAGUGCUCUUCAUGGGAUGGCUUCAAGGUUGCCCCAUUCACUGCCGGAUCCCGUGUUUUCUCUUUUGAAUCCAACCCUUGUGAUUAUUUCCAAACGGGCAAAGUGAAAGCCAUGACCCUCUCCCUUUCUGUCUUGGUAGCCAUUGAGAUGUUCAACUCUCUGAAUGCUUUGUCAGAAGACGGAAGCCUUCUGAGCAUGCCUCCAUGGGUCAACCCAUGGCUGCUUCUGGCCAUGUCCGUCUCGUUUGGGCUGCAUUUCUUGAUUCUGUACGUGCCUUUCCUCGCUCAGGUCUUCGGUAUUGUGCCUCUCAGUUUCAAUGAAUGGCUCUUGGUGCUAGCUGUUGCUUUCCCUGUGAUCAUCAUUGAUGAGAUUCUCAAGUUCAUCGGUCGUUGCACUAGUUCUUCCGGGCUUCAGAGGCGGUCCAAGAAACACAAGGACUGAGUGAAGGCUCAGAGUUGAACUGUGGGAGCAUUCAUAACUUACAGCCUGGUAAGAUAUUGUUAUUACCAUGGUUUGGACAAUCCAAACCAGAUGGCCCCAAGCAGUCACAAUGAACUCUUUUUGAUUUUGGGGAGAAGUCAAUUUUUAGACUCUUCUUUGAUUCUUGGUAGUUAUUGGAGUACCAGCAGUAAAUUUUUUAUAUUUUGAGUUCUUUGGCCAAUAUGUAGUUUAAAUGUUAAACCUUGCCUAGUUGCCUUUACUAGUUGGAUUUA